ACAUGUAAGCACGCGCGCACACGAUUGUGCAUAUGUAUCUGUUAUAUCUAUAAGUAAAUGUUUAUGUACAUGUAUAACAUAUAUGUAGAUGCGCGCGCGUGUAUGCGUGUAUAUGUAUGCGUAUAUACAUAUAUGGAAAUAAUUUUUAUUUGUAUCGUGCAUGUGUUUAUAUGUUUAUAUAUUUUAUUGCGUGUAUAUAUUGCGCGCGCGCGCGCUUAUACUUAUACUUACAAGUGUCGCGUGUGUCACCUAUAUACAUGUAUAUGUGAAAGUGUAAUUAUAUGUAUAUAUGAAGAAAUACGUAUAUAAUUUGUAUAUAUAUUUGUAUAUUUUACGUGUAAUUAUUAUAUAGUAAACCCAAAUCCAUGGAUCGCAUGCGACGAAACGCGCUUUCGAUCACAACGACACGGAAAACUGAUCUAUCUGUACGCGUGUCCCGCUUUCUUAACCUAUUCGACUGUACCACCGACGACGACGACGACGACGACGGCGAUGAGGACGACCGAGUGUCCCAACGACCAUACCACCGCUCCGCAGCAAUCAAUACGCAACAAUGGACCGGGACCAAUAAGCUCAAAGCUUUUCUUGACGUAGACGCACGCUCCGUUGCUACACUCUAUUCCCCCACUGCUUCUCGUGUUCUAAUAACAGAGCUUACUAUCAGAGGGCGCCAUAUCGAACAUCGCUGCGCCAAAGCAAAUCUAACUCCUGUCAUAGCAACUUUAAACCCACUAAAUGAUUCAGUUUGUGUAUCCUAUCAAUGUUUGUGCAUUAUUAAGUAG